GUGAGGGCGACUGAAUCUCUCUGUGAACACACAAUGAAAAGUCAGGGUUGUCUACAGCAAAUCGUUUUUCUACCGGCGUUAGGACUAAAGGUUGUACCAGUAUCUCCAGCGUUCAUCUAUAAAACGGGAAGAGUCGCGUGAUUAUUGUUGACUUUGUGUGGAAAAGCCUUCGAAGAGUGGAUAUUCAUGCGUUUUACGGGUGAUUUUUCUCUGUGCGUCUGAGAUUUAUCUUUGUCACACUCCACAUCUUUGAAGGAGCCCCUGAACGGACUCAAAACAAAACGAACAGUGUUAUAGAUACAAUGUGCUGCAUUUCCAGAAGAGAUGGACAGACUGGAGAUGGCAAGAAUUCUGUUUUGUAUGUUUUGUAGUGAUUUUGCUGCGCUUCGUAGCGAUAUAUACAGCUUAUAACAAUAACAGAAGACAGCAGCCGUGUGUUGUGAUAUUCAUGUCCAUAUUUCAUACGGCACGAGAAGCGCAACAUGUAUGUCCUGCGUGAUUCCUGUAUGUAAAGAUAGGGCAUUAUCAGGCCAAGAUGCGCGCUAUCCGAUCACGAUAAUGUCUUUUUCGUGUAUUGAGGUUUUAUUUUCGUUUUCACUGUGUGUCAUGCUGGUCUAGGGGGGAAAUCUCCUUCAAUGGUGGUUUGCUUCCUUCCUGAGUCCUGAUGUUCUUCAUCCAUGCGAGGAUUCACCAUGGAAGCCCCGAGUGAGCGCUGGUGGACACUCGGACACAGAGGCUGAUGGAUGUGUAAACAGCCUUCAUGUCCACGUGCUGUGACCUGUCUUUGCAGACACCAAAAAAUCAAAAGCGUGUAGCUGGAAGCAUAUUUUUGAGAGUGCCAAAGAGUCUCUAGGAGACAGCAGAGACUGUGAUGGCAUGAUGUAAACAUGCAUGCAAGAUCCGAUUCCACGUCUAAACAUGCAGCUCAUGACAAUCAGGUCUGAUCUUCGUACAUCUCAGGUAUGGACAUUGUUGGACGCAUUUUCGAGGCGAAAAUUCAUGCAACUAAACACAAUGUGUUCUGAACAUCCAUUGCGUUAAAGAGUUUAUUAUAGUUUAGUAUCUUUUACAAUCGAAUCCCACAAUGCCUCGCAAUCGGGCCUUUUCAGAGCCGGAGUAUUCCGCGGAAUAUUCGGCCGACUGUUCGGUCACCCUGCCCUCUGACUCCGGUCAGGUUGUAGGGCGCACUCACGAGGUGACCGUGCGCAGUUCUGGCUGCUGCCUGUGCUUGCCACGCUUCAUGCGGCUGAUCUUCGCACCUGACUCUCUGGAAAACCUCUACCAGACCUAUUUCCGCCGCCAGCGACACGAGACACUGCUGGUGCUGGUGGUUUUUGCAGCCCUUUUCGACUGCUAUGUCAUCGUGAUGUGCACUGUGCUUUAUUCCAGCGAUAAGCUGGCAUCUGUUGCCGUGGCAUCGGUGGGACUAGCGGCAGACGUCCUGCUGUACGUACUGUGCCGGUACGGCCUGCUGCCAGACCGUGUGUCUCGCCGGCUGGUGCCCUACGCCCUCUGGGUGCUCAUUGCGGCCCAGAUCUUCUGCUACCUAGGACUGAACUUUGCCCGCUUCCAUCAGCCCAGUGACACAGUGGGAUGGCAGGCCUUUUUCAGCUUUUCCUUCUUCCUGACGCUGCCACUGAGGCUGACCCCUAUAGUGCUCAUCACAGCUGUGUCCUGCGGGGUGCACACCCUGGUGCUAGGCGUCACGAUCGCCCAACAGCAGCAGGAGGACAUUCAGGGGGCGGCUCUUGGAAGACAGUUGCUGGCCAACAUUGUGAUCUACGUAUGUGCCAUCACAGUGGGUGUCAUGUCGUAUUACAUGGCUGACCGCAAACACCGCAAGGCCUUUCUGGAGGCGCGACAGUCCCUGGAGGUGAAGCUGAACCUGGAGGAGCAGAGUCAGCAGCAGGAGCGCCUCCUGUUGUCCAUCUUGCCCAAGCACAUCGCAGAUGAGAUGCUUCAAGACAUGAAGAAAGAGGCCAGUCAGAAAGAGAUGCAGCAGUUCAACACCAUGUACAUGUAUCGCCAUGAGAACGUCAGUAUUCUGUUCGCAGACAUCGUGGGCUUCACACAGCUGUCCUCAUCCUGUAGUGCGCAGGAACUGGUUAAGUUGCUAAACGAAUUGUUUGCCCGCUUCGACAAGCUAGCUGCUAAAUACCACCAGUUGAGGAUUAAGAUUCUCGGGGACUGCUAUUACUGUAUUUGUGGUCUUCCAGAUUACCGUGAUGACCAUGCGGCCUGCUCUAUAAUGAUGGGCUUGGCAAUGGUUGAGGCGAUUUCAUAUGUUCGAGAGAAGACGCAGACGGAUGUGGACAUGCGUGUCGGGGUGCAUUCUGGGACAGUGUUGGGAGGGGUGCUGGGCCAGAAGCGAUGGCAGUAUGAUGUGUGGUCCACUGAUGUGACAGUAGCCAAUAAGAUGGAGGCAGGAGGGAUACCAGGGAGAGUCCACAUCUCCCAGAACACCCUGGAGUGUCUGCAUGGAGAGUUUGAUGUGGAGCCUGGAAACGGAGGAGACCGCUGUGAAUACCUGAAAGAGAGGGGCAUUGAGACAUACCUGGUGGUGGUGUCAAAGGGACCUGUUGGCAAGAACGGCAUCAAUGGAGUAAAGCUGUCAGUGACGUCAUCUAAUGGGAAUUCUCCUCUACUGAUCAACACUACAGAGUGUAAUGGGACUGUCCACACUGCAUGUACCACACCGGAGGAGCCAGAGGAGCUGGAUACACGGGUGGUGAACCCCUCAUUUCCGAACCCUCGCCGUCGGCUGCGUCUGCGUGAUCUGGCUGAAAGAGUGAUUGACGCUCAGGAGAAUGAACAGGAGCUCAACAAACUCCUCAACGAAGCUUUGCUGGAGAGAGAGACCGUACAAGCGCUCAAAGGGAAGUACACUAAUCGUCUGUCUCUGCGCUUCACGGAUCCGGAGCUGGAGACGCGGUUCUCUGUUGAGAAGGAGAAGCAGAGUGGAGCGGCGUUUAGCUGCUCAUGUGUGGUGCUGCUCUUCACUGCCGUCAUGGAGGCACUCAUUGACCCCUGGUUGGUAGCAAACUAUGUGACUCUGGCAGUGGGGGAAGUCUUGCUUCUCAUUCUCACUAUCUGUUCACUGGCAGCCAUUUUCCCACGAGUAUUUCCAAAGAAAUUGGUGUCGUUCUCCACGUGGAUUGAUCACACACGCUGGGCCCGCAACACUUGGGCCAUGGCGGCCAUUUUCAUCGUCACAAUGGCUGACAUAGUAGAUAUGCUAAGCUGUCAGCCACCUCAUCUUUCUACAAAUGAUGCAACUGCGGUCCCCCCAACCACACUAGGAACCCGGGGCUGUCUGGAGAACCCUAAAUACUACAGCUACAUUGCAGUACUUGCGCUAAUAGCCACCACCAUGCUGGUGCAGGUCAGCCACAUGGUCAAACUCACGCUCAUGCUACUCAUCACAGUAGCUACAGGCGUGGUCAACAUCUACAGCUGGAGGGACAUUUUCGACACGUACGAUCUAUCUCGCUUUAAGGAAUACAGGGUUUAUCUUGUGCCAUCCAAAUACACAAUGAGUGUUAUGAUUUUCAUUAUGAUGGUCAGCUUCUACUACUUCUCCAGACAUGUGGAGAAGCUGGCUCGCACACUGUUCCUGUGGAAGAUUGAAGUGCACGAGCAGAAGGAGAAGGUGUAUGAGAUGAGACGUUGGAACGAGGCUCUGGUCACUAAUAUGCUUCCAGAGCAUGUUGCCAGACACUUUCUGGGCUCCAAGAAGAGGGAUGAGGAGCUCUACAGCCAAUCCUAUGAUGAGAUUGGAGUUAUGUUCGCCUCCAUCCCAAACUUCUCUGACUUCUACACAGAGGAAAGCAUCAACAAUGGCGGGAUCGAGUGUCUGAGAUUCCUCAAUGAAAUCAUUUCCGACUUUGAUAGUCUUUUAGAUGAGCCACAGUUUCGCUGUAUAACCAAGAUUAAGACCAUCGGCAGUACGUACAUGGCGGCAUCAGGCGUCUCUUCAGACAAUAACACUAACGGUUAUGCCUGCAUGAAGAAAGAAGAGAUUUCUGACAGGGAACGCUGGCAGCACUUGGCAGAUCUGGGUGACUUUGCUCUGGCCAUGAAGGUGACACUCAUGAACAUCAACUAUCAGUCCUUCAAUAACUUCAUGCUCCGCAUCGGGUUGAAUAAAGGAGCUGUUUUGGCUGGAGUUAUUGGGGCCCGUAAACCUCAUUUUGACAUUUGGGGAAACACUGUGAAUGUGGCCAGUCGCAUGGAGUCCACAGGGGUUAUGGGGAACAUCCAGGUGGUGGAGGACUGCUACUGCAUCCUGAAGGACUACGGCUUCCGCUUUGUGAGGAGGGGACCCAUAUUUGUAAAGGGGAAAGGAGAGCUGCUCACCUAUUUCUUAAAGGGACGGGAAAAACAAGGCUCCUUCAUUAACGGCUCGUUCGUCACCCUGCCGCACCAAGUGGUGGACAGCUCUUGACCAACAUACACACAUAAGCACACACGCUGUCGUACAUUAAACUCUUCAAAAUGGCUCUCGCACACCUCACAUCAUACCUCUGCCGAGAACAUGUGCUCCAGUAAUUAGUACUUUCAAUUGUGUUUUCUCUAUUUAUUAAAAGGAGGAAAGAAAUAUUGGUGGGAAACAAGAUAGAUUUUGGUAUAUAUGAGAGAAAUACUAUUUAAUAUAAAGUUAUGAAGUGUUCACAGCUAUGAAUAAAUGAAAGCGGAAUGAUUUUAAUAGGUGAUUAACAGUUUUAGAGGAGGCUGUUUUUAAACUCAUACCACACAGAGAAUAUAGAGUAUAUACUACGAGCUCUGCUGUAUAUUAUACACUGCGCUGUUGAAUGACAUAUUUUAUUUCUUCUUUUAAUUUAAAUCCUUUAUUAUUUCAAGAUUACCCUGAAUUUCCCAGUUUUAUUUGAAUGUUGUUUGAAAUUGAAAAGCUACUCAAUGUCUGUGUAAGAAAGCAUACAAGACUGCCUUUUUUGACACUUAUGGAAGUGUGAGUGUGUACAUGUGCAUUUGUGUUUAUUUCUUUUGUCACCUUAAUUUAUUUGUCAUGUUCUAUUGAUUUACUGAUUUAUUUUACUUUGCAUCCAUUUAUGAUGGAAAUACAGGGUCCAAAGGUUUGAGACCACAUUGGAAAUCUGGGAUUUAAUAAAGUUUACAGAAUAAAGUAAAUUACAGAAAGGUUAUUAUGUAAGAUAAAGAAGAAAUAUUUAUAAUUCUGCACUUUUCUAGGUCACUAAUCAAAUUUAAAGCAAAUAUGUGACUUCAGCCAUGUACAAAAUGUCUUGAGUUUUCCACUGAAAAACACAAGAUGCUCUUUGGGAUGCUUGUUAACAUUGUUUAUGUCAGCUCGAGCGCAUGCUGUAAUUAAAAGAAAAGGGCAUCAUACCAAAUAAUCGAAAAUCUGAAAUUCAUGUAUAUUUUUCUGUUCAGCUUUUAACUUAAAUUAAUUUGUGGAUCAUUUCAUUUAUUUUAAAUAAAAUAAGAGAAAACACCAAACAGAAUCUUUUUUCUGUGGUCUCAGGUGUUUGGACUCCGCUCUACGUCAUAUAUUCUAGUAAAAGUGUUCCUCAUGUGCCAAAAAGAAACCACUAUGUGCGUCAGUUUGUGGUACUCUGAGGACAUAGACCAAGAGUAGGAGAGGUGUACGAGUAUCACUGUGAACGUGUCUAAAGUCUAGUGGCACUACAUUCAUGGGCAGUAUUGCAGGGACGGAUGAUUCUUAGUUCAGAGUAUCUCCCCGAAUGGUGUCUUUCCUGAAAUAUUUGAUGAAUGUGCAAUAGUUUAUUCUUUUAUGGCACUCUGCUGUCCAGUACCCUUUUGCAAAGAGCCUUCCUUUCCCAUCAAAUCAUAUUUUUAUAUUAUGAUUGUAAAAAGGACGUUGGAUCAGUGUGUCUUAAAAACUGGCCGAACAGUUCAUUUAUUACCAAUGUCAGGGAUGUUCUGUAUGUGUACGCAGAAAUAGCAUUUGAUUUUGACUUUCAUAUGUUGAAAUGGUUUAUGAAGGCAUGACGUUGUGGCCGGUCUCUGGGGUUUAAUUCAGGAUUUUGCUAAAAUGUGAUAUUUUUGAAUUAUCCUUGGAUAUGGAAUAAAAUGGCACUUUGAAUGAUCUGUAACCUAAGGCUUCUUCAUUUU